CCCGCGGGCCCAGGGUUCCGGCCUGCGGCUGGGCCCGGCCCGGGGGGGGGCAAUCCCGCUCCUUCUCCCCGUGGAGGUGCUGUGGCUGUUUGCGGUGUGGCCGUUUGAUAUCGUGAAGCAACUGACUCCUUUGCCUCAGUGACCGGAUGAUUCGUUUACAGAGGCUUGCAACACAAUUCAAGUUGAGUCUAUUUAAAACCUGCAGCUGUGACACCAAGGUUUUCCAGUUGGACCAGCGGCGACAAGGACAGACCAUGGAAGAUUCGGACAAGACAGAAGUCAUCCUCCUAGCCUGCGGCUCCUUCAACCCGAUCACUAAUAUGCACCUCCGACUGUUCGAGUUGGCCAAGGACUACAUGAACGAAACAGGAAAGUACAGAGUUGUUAAAGGCAUCAUUUCCCCAGUGGGGGAUGCUUACAAGAAGAAAGGACUCAUCAGUGCCCACCACCGGGUAACCAUGAUCCAGCUUGCCACCCAAACUUCAAAGUGGGUGGAAGUGGAUGACUGGGAGAGUCGUCAGAACGAAUGGAUAGAGACGGCAAAAGUGCUCCGCCACCAUCACCAGAACCUGGCGACUAGCAAUGGCAAUGAUAGCCCGCAGGACUCAGCUCCUCUGACCAAACAUGGCAGGAAGAGGAAGUGGUCAGAAGACAGCCAAGACUCUAGGGAGAAGAAUCCACGCAGUCGGGAAAACAAAGGAGGUUUAGAGCUGAAAUUACUCUGCGGGGCAGACUUCCUGGAGUCCUUCGGGAUCCCCAACUUGUGGAAGAAAGAGGACAUCACCGAAAUCGUGUCAAACUACGGAGUCGUAUGUGUCACGCGGGCGGGGAACGACGUGGAGAAAUUCAUCUACGAGUCGGACCUGCUGUGGCGACACAGGAGCAACAUCCACCUGGUGAACGAGUGGAUUCCCAACGACAUCUCGUCCACCAAGAUCCGCCGAGCCCUCCGCAGGGGCCUGAGCAUCCACUACCUGGUCCCGGAUCCCGUGCGGGAGUACAUCGAGAAGCACGGCCUGUAUAGUUCCGAAAGCGAAGAUAGGAAUGCCGGGGUCAUCCUGGCCCCUCUGCAGAAGCACUCCCAAGGAGCCAGGCAGCGAGAGAUUCUGGAGCCUGGCCUGCCGGCCUCCGCCCAAGGCGUAAAGUGACCCGAGGUUGUCGCAGCCUCAAACAUCUGAGUGGCAAUUUGAUCAACCGAUUCACAAAUGAGAGCAAACAAAGCGGUGGUAGGUUAGAAGCAAAUUUCGCUUGGUUUCUUUUCGAUCCAAAUAUUUUGUUUGGUCUGAUACCAGGGAAAAUAUUGUGUGUGUGAAUGAUUUUUUUUUUUCCUUCAUCUUAAUGAAAAACACAGUUUCACUUGAUUGUAAAAGGCCUCACAGCUUCAGCGCCCUUAGACGCAGUGAGACUGGGAACUGAGCGGCCUGGUUUGGCUAUACAAGCUGUGAAAACCAUGAAAAGUGAGCCCCCUGACCCAUUUCAAAUUCCGCCAGUUUUACCAACCCGAGAAGUUGUUCACGACCAAAAGAGAAAAGGUAUUCACCAGCAAUUUUGGGAGGCCUACUCCAUUGACUAUCCAUGAUUGCCAAAAGGAAAUCUAAAAGCGUUUGUAAGGGUUUUUAAUCUUCAGAGAAGGUUUUAAAGACCUUAUUAGCUGCACCUCACACCCUCAGCACACUGAGCCUUUUUGAUGAACAGAUGAAACUUUCCUCAUCUGUAUUACCAGCCUGAAAGAGUACGGAGAAAGAAGGCCAUUUUUCCAGGACUUCUCCCCUCAUGUAUUUGAGAAAAUCAGAUUGGUCGGAGGAAUUAAGAAGUCGGAAAAAUGUCUCUGUGGGACAGAGUUUGGGCUUUGUUGACAAUAAAGCGGUACGUUUCAAAGGC